AUGUACCUCUCGCGCCCUCCCCUCCGACACACCCCUCGACUCUUUCGACUCACCUCCACCUGCAAUGCCCCCCUCUCCCGCUCCUUCCACCCGUCCAGACCCGCCCACGCCGUCCGCGCCCCCACCACCCGUCGCAAAAACGGCCCCGGCUCCAAGUCUUUGCUUCGACGGUCGCCUUUCGAGUCGGAGCGGGAAUACCUCAAGCUGCAUGGCACAAAUCUUUGGACCCAAGCGAGGGUGGACAGAAUCCUGGAGCGCACGCUCCCCAAGGAGCGAUUCUUCAACGUCGCGGAGCGUCUUUUCCAGGCUGCGGAGGGUUCCGAGUUCCAGGUCAACGCAGCCGCUAUACAGGACAUCGGGCUAGACACCAACCAGACCUUCCACAUCGGCAACAUCGUCGGCCCCAAGAAAGGACCCUUCCCCGCAUGGCACCUCGCAUCCUGCGCAGCUGCCGGCGCCAGCCACGCCAUCUACGCGAUGUGUCUAUCAACGACCACCUCACAACCAUUACCACCGUCUCUCAAAUACACAAUGCAAAACGUCCGCAAGCAGCUUGACACCCUCGCGACCCAAGCCCGCGACCCCCGCGCCAUGAUCGUGCGCGCCUACCUACUAGCCCACAACAACCAGCACCAAGAAGCCCGCGCUCAAUUCGACGAAGCCCUCCCGCGCAUGAAACCCAACCAUCGCGUCGUCCCCCUCCCCAACGGCACGCACCUGCCCCCCAUGCCUCAACUCAAAACCCCCUGGCCUCUCUACGCCUCCCUGCUCGACAAAACAGACCCCGACCCCGCCACCGCCCGCGAACACUUCCUCACCUCCAUCGCACGCGACUACCACGACCCCGCCGCGCUGGUCGUCCACGCCGCCUCCUUCCUCCGCCACGAUCCCCCCGACUUCGACGCCUACGAGGAAGCCAUGAGCCAAGCUGCCAGCGCAGGCAACGCAGAAGCCUGCCGCCGUCUCGCCUGCUUCUACUACUCCACCUACCAAGGCACCUACCCGCCGCGCGGACACGACUCCGCCCUCGUCCCUGAAAAAGACAGCGACAGCAGCAACAACAACAACAACAGCAGCAGCAGCGACUGGCUCACAAAAUUAAAAACCUUCAUCCAAUCCGUCCGCGGACCCCUCCCCCGCUCCAAGUUCCGCCCACUAGCAAUAGAGUGGUUCGAGCUUGCUGCGCUUCAAGGCGACGCCAAAGCGGCGCUCUCGCUUGCGGUGCUGGUCCGCGAGGACGGCGACGCGGAACGGGGAAUGGAGUUGCUGCUGCAGAGCGGUGAUGUGUCGGGCUUUGCGAGGUCUUUGCGGUUGAAUUGGGAGAGGGAGGAUUAUAGACCGGGGAUUCCGGGGGAGUUGUUGGUUUGCUAGUUCCUCUGUCUCUUUCGCCUUUAUGCUGUAUUAUAUAGAUAGUGGUUGC